AUGGACGCGGAAGUUGAGGCUCUCCGACAUGGGCUCGCAAAGAUCCCGCAAGAGCUCUACGACGAAAUCUACAAUCUCGUCUUCACUGCCCCUCCUGGCAUCCGGGACCUCUCGGCCGACUCGCUUGCCAUCGGCGGCCAGCAGUCGGCAGCGCCCUCCACCCGCAAAUACCGCGCCGCUCUCUCCACCACCAAUCUGCUUCAAGUUUCACGAUCCACUCGCGAGCUGUACGCGUCCACCUACUACGGCGAGGGUGAGUUUCUCUUCAGCCACAAGAAGCCAGACAUGUUCAGCCACACGAACUCAGACAACAGAAUUUGUGAGAAAAAUAUGCGAAGAAUGGUCGCCUGGGCUAUCUCCCUUCCCGAAAAACAUCAGCGACUUGUCAAGAAGAUACACUUCCGGGUGGAGAUCUUCGAUUCCGAAUACGAGUAUAGUAGGGGCCCAUUCCAGUCGUGGUUUAGGAAAAUGAAGUGGUUGAUUCUAUCAAACCUCAUUGUACACUGCGCUGGGCUCAACCACAGACAAGUUUGUUCCUUUCACUAUGGCUCGGUCACCCAUGGAAGCGGUAAGACAUCUAAUGCUCCGUCUUCAAAGCAAGAUCUCUAG